AUGGGGCUAUUUUUGCCUACACGGCUUUGGAGUUGCUUCUUGGUGAUUGCCACGGCUAUUGUUCCAUCAACGACUCUCAACACCAAUGAUGACCUUCAAUGCUCUUGGAACGCUUCUAAUUCACUCACCUCCAUCAUAGUAGAAGAUCAAUGUACCUUGGCAAGCAGCUCUGAGAGAGCUGCUCAAGCCAAUGCGUGGCAUCCAUGGACGCAGAAACCCGUAUGUGUCGGCUCGAAGACGACAAAGACCUCACAGCACUGCGCUUUCGUCAAAGAGGACUUUCAAGGAAGCAAGAGUCUUCUCAUCGUCACAAAUCCAGAGGUCGUAGCCGGUGAUGUCAGUCUCGUCGAGGAUCUUGACUCGCAAUGGACCAGCAUUCGACCUCCCCUCGGGCCGACCGAGCUGCCGCCCUUCAACGUCGAUACAAUACCGGGCAAAGGGCUGGGGGCUGUGGCAAACACGAGCAUCCGCUCGGGAGACAUCGUCUUGAGGGAACACCCUGUCAUCCUGCAGUUGGCGGAAGUGUCUCGGUCGAUUGGUCGGAUGCAAGCUCUCUGGGUGUUGGAGGAAGGCUUCAUUCGGCUGCCGAGGGAGGAUCAGGAGAGAGUGUUCAAUCUCUCUAGAAGUACCGGGGGUCACAUCCUAGAAGACAUCAUCCGCACAAACACGUUUGGCGCAACUCUCAACAAAGUUGCCCAUUUUGGACUGUUUCCAAAUGUUGCGAGAAUCAAUCAUGCCUGUAAGCCUAAUGCAAUUACUCGCUUCUCGCCCCGGACGUUGGAGCUACAAGUUGUGGCGUACAAAGACAUAAUGCCGGGCGAGGAACUAAGCAUCAGUUAUUCGAUGCUGAACAUGCUCUACCAAGACCGGCAACAAGCCCUCCAGGAAUGGGGCUUCAACUGCAACUGCGCGAUAUGCAGCUCCUCUCCCGAAGUGCUAGCCAUCUCAGACGGCCACCGCAGACGACUACAAGAGAUCCUCUCGGAGCUCGAGGACCCGGUCCUCGCUGGCUCGCCAUCUCUGGUAGCGGAGCUGGUCGAUGAGCUGGAGGACGUCAUAGUAAUAGAAGGGCUCACAGCGCAGGCAGGCGAGUUCUACGACGUCGUUGCUCGGGCGUACGGCGCGAUGGGGGAGAUGGGAAAGGGAAGGAUGUACGCAGAGUUGGCGUUGGAGAAGCUGGUGCGGUUUGCGGGGUACGACGACGAGAGGACGGCGAAGGCGAGGGCAGUCCUUUUGGAGUUUGGGGGGCAGCCCGGCACGGGGUAA